AUGCCAUUUGAGCUCAGUCCCGCAGAGGAACAUUAUUUAAAAAGAGAACUAUUAAAACAAGAGCUCUUACGAGAGAUUCAAUGCUUCAAUGACCCACACGCCCUUAGGAAGUUCGGGUUUCCGUUCACUAGUGGUGAUCCAAGCACUGAUAAGAAAAAGACUCAUCAUUUCAAAAGUGCAAAGCCCAGCGUCUCGGAGGCUUCUUCAGAGUCUACAGUCUCGCAUACUGACUACCCCUUACUGAGCCAUUUCUUGCAGCACUUCGUCAUGAAGGUGCCGCUUUUCUCCCAGGAAAUGAUCCAGAAAGAAGACUUCUGGCAACAAAAAGUCCAGGUUUUCUAUGAACACUUCAUGCAGCUUCAGUUCAGCUCCAGUUUUGAUCGCGAGGAAUUAACAAAACGCCGGAAACUGGGGAUGAAACUAUCCAAAAUUGUGCUACUCAUGUACAAUUCAGGAAUUGGAUGCAUCCAAGAAAGUGACUAUUUCCAACAAGACAAAUUCAAACUUGCAGACAACGCAGAGCAGACGUAUCGUGGCAACAAGAAUCUUGACAAAUUUGUAAUACCCACUAAAGAGACUCUUAAGUUCUUGCUUACUGAAGAGCCAUACUUCAUCAACGGCUGGGAUUUCAAUGUCACAUCAGUGGCUGCUUAUUUAGCGCUAUAUCCAGAACCUCAAGUUAAGGCUAAGUCUCCAUCUACAACCCCUUCGUCCAGCUCAAGCUGGAUGAAGUCCGCGCUAGCAUUUGCUCCAACGUCGUUUUCAUCACCAUCAAAGCUGUUUUCCAAGAUGUCUCUCACGAGCCACUCCGCAGGAAAUCGCUACCACUUCAUUACCAGAGUAAGGCAGGAAAGGACCGAUAAAUCCUGGUAUAUUGUCAAAACCUACUCGGAUUUCAAGCAACUUGCCUCGGACUUGAGCAAGGAAUUCCCCGGAAAAGAACUCGCCAAGCUGCCGCAUCGUAGUAAGGUCGGCGUUUCUACUACAACAUCAGCCAAAGCAGCAGAAAAUGCGGAUAACGAAGGUGAACCUUCGACUCCCAAGGAAAAAAUUAUAAGCAGCUUCGACAACAAUUCGCCUGCCCUCGAGGAAGUGAGUUCAUUACAGGAGAGUGACGAAAAGACAGAGGGCAACGAUGACUUUGAGGAAUUUGAAGAUGCCACCGAUACUAUCACCAGGCACCUCCCAAGGGAGAAAAUGAGAACGUCUUUUCGAAAAUACCUACGCUCGCUUGCUGAAGAUUCCGAAGUCGCAAGAAGCGUGUCGCUCUCAAAAUUCAUUAGCACAGGGAAGUGGGCCGCCGAGAAACUUCCCAUGUCAGUUAUUCAAGACAUUAAAAACAGGGAAUCGGUGGACCUCGAAAACUUACAAAAUCAGGUCGCAUUUCAAAAGAUGGCAUUCGAACAAACCUUAGAGUUACAGGAUUCAAUGAAAGAAUUCAAAAAACUGAUUUUGAAGGACGACGAAUAUCUAAUCACUUUGUUCAGGGAAAUAAAGGAAAAGAACUCGGUGACAGAACUUUCUACGCCUUUGCGAAGCUUCAUGGGAUGGUGUAAAAUAAAUCUCUCGGCCACCAUUUACACCACCUUUCUGGGCAGCGAUGGAGGCUAUGAGCUUUUCACACAAGUUAAAAGGCUCCACAGGCUUUUGCCCUACACUGUCAUGAUACAAGUAUUAAAGAUUGCGAAUCCAAUGGCAAUGAUGAAGGGAAUGAUGGAUCUUUUCAUGGCUCGCCCCUUUGGUGGAAAUUCUUUGCUUCAAAGCAUGUUUUCGUCCGUUCUUACUGAUGAUUUGAAGUCGCAGUUCAAGCUAUCCAGAGAACUUGAGGCUACUAUCUGCAGCGAAAGCAAAUUUGGACAGGAGAUUAUCAAAGUGCUUUCAACGGCGAUAUUCAAAAACGAAGAUAAUGGAUUUGUUAACAUGGAAGAGCUUCACGAUGAAGCUACGAGCAUGUCUAUGCCUUUGGUACUUGUUCUAGUCAUGAAAUGCAGUGAACUGGAUCGCGUAUCUCAAGACGCACUCGGCGAAGUCCUUGAGUCAUACUCUUUAUGGAAAGAGUGGAACGACGCACAGAAUCGUGACUUAACCACAGUCAAUUCGUCCACGUCAAUCGGAGACGUACCAGGUCUCUUCUUUUCCCACCUCAAAGGACUCUUUCAGAUUUACAUUCGCGAACGCGACAAGAAGCUGAUGAAACAAGUAUGGCAAGAUCCAGAGCUGUCACAGCUACUAAAGUCUAUGAUAGCUAUUUUUUAUGAACCAUUGGUUCGUAUUUUCCGCGUUUCCAAAAUGGAUGUAGCGUUUCGUAAUUUUGAAAAGUUCAUGGAUGACUUGGUGGGGCUACUUGAUGAUGUCAUGAAAGGACAAAGUAUGAGCGCGACAAACUUUAAUGUUGUCGACGCGAUUAAUAAAGUUGUCGAAAAACACGAGGAUUCUCUAUUUCAAUUCAUUCAUGAUAUUUGUUUGCAUGACGAACAAAAUACAUUUGAGAACAUGAUAACAUACCUAACCACAAUUGUCAAGUUUUUGCAAAAGAGCAAAUAUGGAAACUCGGAAAACAGAAUUGAUCUUACGGACCUUGUCAAUGAAAGUACCAAAGACGGUCUAGAUGCUGUCAAGCUGAAGAAACAAGUGCAGAAUCUGGUCGAGAGCAAAAAGGCCUCGCGCCAACUAUACCAAAAGAUUGUGGAGUCACGGACGUCAAAGGCAGCUGGGAGGAAAUUAAACCUAAAGGAAGCGAUGGAUCAAAAAUGGCAAGAGUCGAACGAUGCAGCGAUGCCCCACGCAGUCGCUGAAAUAGGGCUGAACGAUGGCGAGUUGGUAGACCUUGAUUUGGACGUGGGCGAUUUCACAUAUUUGCAGGACGAUGAAGAAGACUCGCUGCAGCGUGGGUAUCAGGAUGUAUUGGAAAAGGAAGUCGAUGUGAGCGAAAUCUCCAACAUGACGAAACUCACAUUCAAGUAUAAGUUGAGAGAAUUAUUAAAUCUAUAG